CUCGAAGACAACAUGGAAUAAGGGGUCGAUCAGCUCGUAACUCGAAGGCUCUGGAGCUGCUGGUUCUCUCUUUCCUGCGAACUACUUCGGUCGAUGCUUUUUGACUCGUAUUUUCUCUGAUCCUGCCAUAGCUUUUCCCGUCUUUCAUCGUCCUCACAAUGGCUACCGCUGCAGCGCCUCAAAGCACGGUCUUUCCCCGGAGCCAUGUAGGCUUCGACAGCAUCACUUCACAGAUCGAGCGGAAGCUCUUGAAGCGUGGCUUUCAGUUCAAUGUGAUGUGUGUUGGUCAAACCGGUCUCGGCAAAUCUACUCUCAUCAACACUAUAUUCGCUUCUCACUUGAUUGAUUCUAAAGGCCGUCUGACGCCCGACGAGCCUGUGCGCUCCACUACGGAAAUUCAGACGGUAUCCCACAUCAUUGAGGAAAAUGGUGUGCGUCUCAGGUUGAACAUCGUCGAUACCCCUGGGUACGGUGACCAGGUCAACAACGAUAGAUGUUGGGAUCCGAUUGUUAAGUACAUCAAAGACCAGCAUUCAGCGUACCUUCGGAAGGAACUCACAGCGCAACGCGAACGCUAUAUCCAAGAUACCCGUAUUCACUGCUGCUUAUUCUUUAUCCAACCCUCUGGACAUGCUCUCAAGCCAAUUGACAUCGUUGUGCUGAAGAAAUUAUCGGAUGUUGUUAAUGUUGUUCCAGUCAUUGCCAAGGCCGAUUCACUUACUCUCGAAGAGCGUCAAGCGUUUAAGGAGAGAAUCAAGGAGGAGUUUGCUUUCCAUAACUUGAAGAUGUAUCCCUAUGAUAAUGACGAGUUUGAUGACGAGGAGCGUGCCAUGAACGCGCAGAUCAAGGAUAUUAUUCCUUUCGCUGUGGUUGGCAGCGAAAAGACCAUUGUUGUCAAUGGAAAACACGUCCGCGGCAGGCAAAACCGCUGGGGUGUCAUUAACGUCGAAGAUGAAUCCCAUUGCGAGUUUGUCUCUUUGAGGAACUUCCUCACUCGCACUCAUCUCCAAGACCUUAUCGAAACGACAAGCCAGAUCCAUUACGAGACAUUCCGUGCCAAGCAGCUUCUGGCUCUGAAGGAAAGCAGCGCUGCUGGCAGCCAUACCGGUAGUCGUCCAAUCAGCCCGUCCGCUGACAGAGAGAUUAGCCGCAACUCCCAACGAGGAACUAUGAACGGCUACUAGCUGUCUCGGAAUUGAGCAGCCCAAGAGAGUUCUAGGAGUUCAAAGUCUCGGCAUUUCAGAACGGGAUCAGUUAUUGAAAGCAGCCUCGGAGGAUUCCCCCUUUUCUUAACCGCGAAUUUCUUUUUGGUCAGCAGGCCCAUACGGAUAUCCAUUUUAACUAUAUUUUUACUUUGUCGCAAGCAUUCUGUAUAUCUUAAUUUGCCUCACCCAGUGGAGUUCAACUACUACUUUGCUUCCCAAGAUUUGGCAUUUGCAGGGAAGAGUUUGUUUUUCUGUAUGACAUAGUGGACCUUCCUAAAGAAGUUCCAUGGGUCAGUUAAUUCUUAUAGAGAAUAACAGACAUUAUUCUUGCGGGG